CAGAGGUCACAAUAGCGCGGGUAACCAAGAAAAGUAUUUGCCCGCUGCGCGCUGUCUCCAUCCGUCACGGAAGUUGUACCGCCACAGAUCACAGGCCACGGGAAUAAUGAGGUUUCUAUGGACAUUCUUGAGGAUCCGAACAACUGUCAAUCCAGGUCAGUAUCGCCGUGCCCUGCAUCAGAAGUCCGGUGAGACAGAACUGCUGAAGCACCUGAGGUCCCAGCUGAAGGCCGCAGGACCGAUCACUGUAGCUGACUACAUGAGGGAGGUGCUCACCAACCCCACCGCGGGCUAUUACAUGCACAAGGAUGUGUUUGGAACACAGGGAGAUUUCAUCACUUCACCAGAGAUCAGCCAGAUGUUUGGGGAGCUGCUAGGUGUCUGUUGUGUGAACGAGUGGAUUUUGGGCGGAUCACCCCGGUCCAUGCAGUUGUUGGAACUAGGACCAGGCAGGGGCACAUUGGCACAGGACAUGCUCAGGGUCUUCCAGCAGUUUCCUAUGAUGCAAGACAUGGUGUCCUUGCACUUGGUGGAGGUCAGCCCCAAGAUGGCUGCCAUGCAGGAGGAAAGAUUGACAGGUGUCAUCGAGGAUGACAAGAGGAAAAAUGCUGCUAGUGGAGGAGACAUUGUGUACAAGAAGAGGAAGACAAAGGCAGGAGUGCCAAUCUCGUGGUACAGUGACAUACAUGAUGUGCCACGGGGAUUUUCCUGUUACAUUGCUCAUGAAUUCUUAGAUGCACUACCAGUCCACAAAUUUCAAAGAACCCCUCAGGGAUGGAGGGAGGUCCUAGUGGAUGUGGAUGAUGGAGAGGGCCCUCAUCACCUGAGGUUUGUCUUGUCUCCAACUCCAACAGCUGCCUGUAAAGGAUUCAUUCAGGCAGGUGAGAAGAGGGACCACCUGGAGGUGUGUCCUCAGGCAGGUGUGCUGGUGCAACACCUGGCAAACAGGAUAGUGGAGCAUGGAGGGGCAGCACUGCUGGCAGACUACGGACAUGAUGGAACAAAGACAGACACACUCAGGGGUUUCAGGAACCAUCAGUUACAUGAGGUACUUCAGGAGCCGGGCAGUGCGGACCUGACAGCUGAUGUGGACUUCUCCUACCUCAGACACAUGUGUGCAGGCAAGGACAAAGCUCUAACACAUGGCCCUAUAACACAGAGAGAGUUUCUAGAAAAUAUGGCAAUCGAGCUGAGACUACAGGUUCUACAAAGAAAUGCUGAUGAGUCCCAGAGGAAAGACCUGCUGUCAGGCUACGACAUGCUGACCAACCCAGACAAGAUGGGCGACAGGUUCAAGUUCUUCUCCAUCACCAGGCAACGGACCCCGCCCAAAGGCUCCAGAACACCCUCAGAACCUGCAGGGUUCUACAGACUGGAGUUCCAGUGAAGACUGCUCACAUUAUGGGGCAUAGCUUGCUGCUCUUAACCACCUUUAGCAUCCACUGCUUGAUUUGUUUCAGAGUCAGAAUUCAGAGUCAGAAGAAUUUCAAACCAGGAGUACCUAUUUUGUAUCAUUCAGAAGUACUAUGUCUUUGUUGCAGUUAGUUGA